GGAAAGUGAGACACACAUUUGAUCGGGAGCAGCAGUGUGCUCAAGUUUGUCAGUCUGGAAGGAGAAAGCUCUGCAGCAUCAUGGGUGUGUUAUCCACUCUGAUGAGGGGUCUGAUGAGAGGAGCCGACAGAAUGUCAGAGUUCACCAGCAAACGUGGUUCACGGACUCACAAUAAAGGCAGGGGCUCAAGACCCACUGGACUGAAGCUCUCCAGCAACAAAUAUCUCACCGUAAAAGCCAUGAUUCCUGAGUUUGUGGUGCCAGAUUUGGAAGAAUUCAAACUGAGACCUUACGUAUCAUACCGAACCCCCAAAGGAACAGAGCCCCCGCUCACAGCAGAGAGUCUGUUUGCGGAGGUUGUGGCCCCUCAGAUCAAGAUAGACUUUGAGGAGGGCACUUUCAGCAAAGACCAGCUGGAGAAAUAUGGAUUUAAUCCCAAGCAGGAAGGGAAGCUGUUCAAACUUUAUCCAAAGAACUUUGUGCGUUAAAGAUGCAUUUCCUGUUAUUUACCAGGAAAGAAACAGACUGCUGAUUAACUGAAAGUACAUGUGACUGUAAAUUAUGUUUAAAAAAAUUAAUUUUCUAUGUGGCUGACUUCUCUUACUUUCAUGAAGCUUAAUAAAACCUCCAUA